AUGAGUGAAAAUGUCUUGAUUGAGUAUGACUUAAUGAGCCCUGAAGCUCUUGAGAACCUAAGAAGAGAUGUUAUAAAUGACUUAUCUGACAUGCAAACCAGACAACAGCCAACAUGGCAAGAAAGGGAAGCAAUUCGAGCAUGGGGAUCCACUGACAGAACACGAAUUUUCAAGGAACUAGUUUCCAGGCAGCCACUUUAUCAUUCCAAAUGUGAUCAGUGUCAUCUUCACCUGAAUGCUGCUGCUGUAAGAUGCAUGACUUGCAAGAAACAUCUCUGUCACAAGUGCGAUACAGGCUCUCAUUUAACUAUGCCAUUUCACCGACGACUCUUGUGUUCUUCCGACACAUUGCAAAUUUUGCUACCAGAACAUUUCAUCGAUCCCAAGGGCAACAUUAUAAUAAAAGAUGUAUGUGUUCCAUGCUUCGUACCGCAUAUGUGUUACAAUGUCGAAUGCGAAGGAUCCAUGUUACUCAUUCCAAAUCUUCAAGAAUCAAUCGUGGUGGUCAAUGAGAGUGGUCGAUUUCUCGUUAAAGCUGCAGCUUUCGUUUGUGAUAGUUGCAACUCUCGUACAAGAGCCACAAUCGAUGACUAUGUAUUUUCUGGAUUUUUCCCUGGAAGUUUAUCGCCAAAAGUCACCUAUCUUUUUGCAGAAGAGGCACUUCUUCUAGGACAUCACAUUACUCAUAAGUCUCCUGGGUCUUCAAAAAAAAUGUAUGCACAUUUUCUUGAAGAAGUAUCAACAGAAUAUGGCCGGAAUGGACCAAUAAAUGUAACAUUAUUUACUACUGCUGAAAGAGAAUGGGAAACCUGUCGACAUAAUAUUGACGACCAAGUGCUUCAAAGGAACAAAAUUGAUUGCCCCAGUUGUGGGAAAGAACCUUUAGUCAGAUCUUCUGACGCUAUCGUAAAAUUGAGGCGCUUAAGCUCGGCUGGAAAAGUGCACAAUCCAGAAAACGAAAGAAAGUAA